AAAGGCUCAUCAGUGCCACUUAACGACAGCUGACUAACGCACUUGUUUGCCCACACACGAUGGUUUAUGUCGGACCGCAACCCGAGCAGGCCCCGCGGGCACCGGCCCACCGGAGGACCUGCCGGCAGCCCCACGGCCUACGGCGGUCGGCCGUAGCGAGCCGGGUGCACCCCCCAGCCCCUCCCGAUCCGGGCCGCCAGCAAGGCAGGCGCGUUGCCCCAGGCGGUAGCCGAGCCUGCGCUCGACCCUGCCGCCAGCCCCACAGCCGCUACGGCCGCGGGCGGGGAUGCACGGCCUGGCCGCCACGGCUGCGGGCGGAGAGAAGGAGGGGACGGGCAGGAGGCGGGCCCAGCGCUAGGCCUGGAGCGGCGGGGGGCGGCGGGCGCUGCGCAGAGCCCGGCUCCCCUCGGCGGCGGGCGGAAGGCCGGAGGGCAGCAGCGCCAUGCCCGGCCCGGCGGCGCUGGGGGCGGCGGCGGGGCCUGACGCGGAGGAGAGCUAUGACUUUCUCUUCAAGCUGGUGCUCAUCGGGGAUGCCAGCGUGGGCAAGACCUGCCUCGUACAGCGCUUCAAAACCGGGGCCUUCGCCGAACGCCAGGGCAGCACCAUCGGCGUGGACUUCACCAUGAAGAGCCUAGAGAUCCAGGGCAAGCGGGUGAAGUUGCAGAUCUGGGACACGGCUGGCCAGGAGAGAUUCCGAACUAUCACACAGAGUUAUUACCGCAGCGCCAAUGGAGCAAUCUUAGCCUAUGAUAUCAGCAAGAGAGGCUCUUUCCUGUCCAUUCCUCGCUGGAUCGAGGAUGUGAGAAAGUAUGCUGGUUCGAACAUAGUACAGUUACUGAUUGGAAACAAGUCUGACCUAAGUGACCUUCGAGAGGUUCAGCUGGAAGAAGCUCAGAGUCUGGCUGAACACUAUGAUAAUAUCAUCUGUGCCAUAGAGACCUCUGCAAAAGACUCCAGCAACGUGGAGGAGGCUUUUGUGAAGAUGGCUACAGAGCUCAUGAUGAGGCAUGGAGGCCCUAUGUUCAGUGAGAAGAAUACUGACAGCAUCAAGCUUGACAGCAAAGACAUUGUAGAAGGCUGGGGUUGUGGUUGCUGAUAUGAGCUAGGUGAUAUCCCUAACUUUACUGGAAUUUAGAUGGUGCUUCACCCUAAUGCUGAGUAGCACGGUAGCCAUAUUCUCCUCCUCCUGUGAAACCAGCAAUUUUGUAGAAGUUAGACACAAUCCUGUUUGCUUUGGUGUCUUAUUUUUAAAAAGGGACUCUUGAGAGGUAGUCCUAAAAGUCAAGCCCUCUGAAAAACUUACUCAACACUUGUCCCCACCAUUUUCUUUUCUGUAACCUUCAUACAAGUUACAAAAGUGGAGGUAACAGCUUUGAACUGGUGAUGUGGGGUGGGGAGACAGACGGUUGGGGAAGAGACUGAUGCACACCCAAAGUUCUGCAGCAUUUAGCAUGGGACUGUUGGCAAAGGAGGUCACUUUUGGAAUAGGCAAUCUUGACAGUGUCUCUUUAAAACCUCAGCACUCCACCAAUGACCAGAAAGCGACAGUGUCUUUGAUAAAGGUAUUUCAAGAGUCAGAAUACCCAACAUUUUGAUUACAGGACCAAAUAGCAGUCGCCUGUCCUAGGGCAUAUGGAUUGCUAGUUAGUAUUGGAAGGGGCUCAGGUGGGGAAGCCUUCUCUCAGGUUUCAUAAUAUUUUUUUAAGUUAUCAUUUUAACAAAAAGUGAAAUCAGCCUGAGCAAUAUCAUGUGACUUGCUGUCAAGCAGGAUUGGACCAGUAUAGUUAGUUUAAAUACAGCCUUGAGGAGAGAGGGUAGAUGCAUUUCAUUUAUUAUUGUUUGCACAGUGAUAGCUCCCUUUUCCAAGUGGGUAUCAUUGAGUUUUUGCCCUCAGGUCUCUUAAUUUCAUUCCAUAACUCAAGACUUGCAGCACUGGAAACGGGAACUGGAGAAACCUUGAAAUGACUGGUAGCCAUGAUCUCUUGCCAUGUGCCUAGUGGUCAUAUGCAGGGUUAAUUCUGGUCGUACCUUUCACAUUACGUUACCAGAGCAUUUAUUGCAUAAGUGGCAUAAAUGGAUUUGGGGUUUGUUUUGCUUUUUUUAAACCAUCUCUUUAAAUACAAUCUGGGCAUAUACUGGGAAAGAAGACCUCAGAAUAGCUGAAAACUGCAUGCGUUGCACUUCUUGGUUGUAAGAAACCAGUGUCUUUUUGAGUGAUUCCUGCCCAACUUUGUACUCAACUGCUUCCAUCUCCCUAUCACAAGUUACCAAUUGCUUUUCAUUUCUCGAAAAUACUCAGCUGUUGAUCAAAAGUCUAUAUUGCUAAGUAAAAUAGAUUUCAUAAUUCAGCCACAUAUAGUUGUCUUUCAGAUUCAGGUCUGUAUUGUAUGUUGUAGAUGCAGUGGAAGUACUGAUGGCAGCAGUCCUCUCUGGAUUUACACUCUCAGGCACCUUACAAAAAUGAAUUUGCAAAGGGAACAGACGCAGGAUUAUUUUUAACUCCACAGUUAAAGCAAAGGUGUUCAGAGGUAACAAGUGAUUUUUGCAACUUGAUGCUUUGAGGAAGCUCAUUUUCAGAAAGCACCCACUUACUUAAAGUGAAGUCACUUGUCCCUCUUGAAAAUCUUGAUCAAAAAGGACCUAGAUUAGUUUGCUACUAGGGCUACACCAGUUUUUAGCCAUUUGACAUAUCCAGUAUCAUAAAAAUCAGGAAGAUUUAAGAAAGGGCUAAUGGAUCCUCAUUUCAAUACUAUUCAUCUUCCUGCAGAAAAUAUUAAAUCAUUCUCUGGUUUGGGGUUUUUUUUUAAACUAUAAGGUAGAUAAUUGAGGAGUUACAUAUGCUUUGUAGCCUGUUUGUUUCUAAUCUAAGGCAUUAGUUUUCAAGUUUUAUAGUUUUAAGAGUGAAAGGGCCUUAAAUUUUUCAAUUAGUAUAGUUUUCACAAUUCUAAUAUUUUAUAUGGAAGGGCAGGUUGAGCUGCAGUGCUCAGUAGUAUUUUUGGAUAAUUUUCCAGGACAUUCCCAGCUCUCCUACAUCCAAAGAUAACAGGCAGUAAGUGUCCAGCAGUAGCUAGACACUGAAAAAGAGGACUGUCCAAACUCUAGAUUUGUUAGUGAUUAGCAAACCCUGUAUUCUACUCUCAGGAGAAACUGUGAAGACAGUCCAAGCUAAAACUCAGUCCUGAUGACUGUUUUUCCUCCUGGUUAGAUGGUCCUUAAGAUACAGAAUACUAGCAAGCAUUUGAUUUUGUCAUGACAUGUUAUAGUUUACAUCUGUAGGUUACAGUCCUACAGUUCUGCAUGCUUGAACAUGGACCCUCAGAUAAGCUCAGCCUCCCACUGUUUGCAGGAUUAGUGCCAAAUUAUUUAAGCCACGCUAAUAAAAAUUCAUACACGUUUAAGAACAGUAUUGCUACUACUCAGAUUGAAAUCAGUAGUUUACAUAGUAACUCAUCUUAAAACUGGAACAAGAUGUGAAAUGAACACAAAUUCUGCUUCCAAUGCAGUCAGUGAAUGAUUGUGUUUUUACAGUAGGUGAAGCAAUAAGGAAUUAUUGAUCCAUUUCUUUAGUUUUGAGGUCCGUUUAGUAAACAAGUAGAAUGAGGCCAAGCACUAUAUUUUUCCUUACGAUUUGCCCCCCAUAUAUCUCUUAAGCUAAUCUUGAAGGUUGAGACUCUGUCUGCAGGUUAGUGUGUUUCAGUCAGAAAACAUGAAAUACAGUGUCAGUGAUUUGUCCACUGUGUUUUCAAGUGAAGGCACCAAUUCGGAUUAGUUUUCAUUGUGCUGUAGAAAACUAAGAUUAUGGCUUUAACUCAGCUUUGUCUUCUAACUCUUGGCUCUUCUGUGUUGUAGCAAGUGUCAUACAAGUUUGCAUGCCCUACCUAACUGAACAAAAGGGAACAAAGAGACUGAGGACCUGCUUUAUUUUUUCAGGUUAGUAGCAGGUAUGAAUGACAGUGCUUGGGCUGUCAGUAGUAAAAGUCUAUUUCAAUUACCAAACCCUUUCUUUGUCUAUUAGUAAUAGCACAAUACUCAUUAGACUGAUAGCUUCUUGACCAGAAAUAAAUUAAACAGUAAAUUUAACUUAGAGCUUUUCACUCCCUUUCUGAAGACUUUUAUUAAAUCCGUAAUUUGAGUAUUAGGAAGACAGUCCUGUUGGUUUAAUUCUGGUAAUCCUAUUGAAACCAAAAGGAUACUUGGGUGAAGAGAGUGAGUAGUAAUAAACCUGAGAUUUAUGGGUAAAAACCUCAGUUUCAAAUCUUAGGUUACAAAUGUGCACUGAUGUACAUCAAGUGAAUAAUUCAGUAGUGCAUGAUCAGAGUUCACAACAUAAACAUUUGCCAAGAAACCUGUUUACUGGCAGUUGAACAUUAACAAGACUAUGGUGCAGUAAUUGAUUUUAAACAGACCUCCUUGGCUGACCACACAUUUGCAUUAGCAUUUACCAUUUAUAUUUGGCAGUACCCAAAGUGUGCAAAAUAUUACAAAAACACAGAAGGGGACAUUGCUCUCUGCCUUGUAACGCUUAGGAGUGGAAUGCAGAAGCAAAUACUGAAAUGAAAUCAUCAGCAGAACGUAGUUCCCAGGAGCGUGGGCAUUGUUAGCCUUUGUAUUGAUUUUGAUUUAAGCUAAUUUUAUCUCCAGUUACUCAUCCAGUCCAUCAUCAUGGAUGGAACUUUUACAAAUAUUUAUAAUUAUGUAAAUAUAAUACCAAAGAAAUGUCAGCCCAGAAACCUGAUAACAUUUGCUUUGCAAAACAAAAUUUUUUAAACAUGAAAACACUUAACAGAGGAAAACUCCUAGUGAUUUUAUCACUCUCACUGUACUGGAAAGCAGGUCACUUUUUUGGGGGGGGAACUGCAAAACUAAAUGAAGCUCAGCUAAUAUUGCACAGAUUUCUAAGAACUUCAUGAAAAGUGGAGCUCCUGCUCAGGUUUUUUUUGCCUUUAAAGAAGAUCAUAUUUAUUUGAAGAAUAGAGCUGACCGUCACGUGCAAUACACAUGCAUUACUGCAGUAGUACAUUACAUUAUGUAUACACUCGCACAGUAACACCCUUAAAUAACAUACAUUGAAGUCUUUCCUUGAGUUGCCCCAGUAUAUAUUGUCCCAAUAAGAUUUACAUCUCCGUUAUUUAAUCUCAUAGUCCCAGCUGGUUGACCUUUUGAAUAUCUUUUGCCAUCUCACGCCAAUCCUGAGGAAACUGGGAGGUAAAUAACAUUAUUCAUUUCUCUUAAUGGGAUUAUUUUACUCAAUGUUAUAAUGAUAGCCUUUUAAAAUCAAGAUGAAUUUAUAUGUUAUUUCAUUAAUAGAAAUUGUUUAUCUUUACCUAUCCUGCUUCCAAAACAUUUCUAUAUUUACAGAUCACUGAAGUGUACCCUGUUGCAUUAUUUUGUGUAAACAGUGUGCUGGAGGAAAAUGAAGUGAGAACAAUACCUGCUUUGUGAAACUGAAAAAUAAAGUUACUCUCCUUUUGGUAUCUUCCAACCUUGGAGAGCGCUCAGUUUAACCCCUGUCAGUCAUUCUGUGUGGAGACAUCACAGAAACAAACCAGGUUACGGGCAGAGCGUGCAACCAGUAAGCAGGGAAAAUCCAAGGAAAUGGGAGCGAAUGUCUACUUUUUUGUGAAGAGGUAGUUCUCGCAUGACUUGCUUUGCCCCAGUACCUGAUGAUGACCAUGUAGCUUGUAUUCCCAUCCUUGUGGUACAAGAAGUGAGGAAAUUAAAGAGCAAGGAAAGGAAUCCCAAAGUCUAGGCUAAUUACCCUAACCACUUCACUAUCCUUUCUCAAGUGACCCUCAGUUGUUUCAUCAACUAAAAGGCAUUUUACAUUUACAAAUUUGGCAAUAAAAGAUGCCACAUUAUUAACCCAUGUAGAUAAAUAGUUACAUUUUAUUACAGUUGUAUGAAGUAUAGUGACUUCAGAGUCACAGAGCAGAGUCCUUUAUAAUUGGGCUGUUCUCAGAUUUGAAAGUUCUUUUCCACACUAUAAGAAAAGAUCCACAGAUUUGGGAAAUACUGUCUCAGUUUUAUUUUUGUAGUGUCUUUUGGUGCUGAUCAUCCCACUGAGAUUUCAGUUAGAGAACCAGCCUCCUGAGUAUCUUAGUUUUUACUGGCCAGGUAACGUUAGAUUUCUUUUAACUCUAUUGAAUUGGGAUAUAGAGCUAUGGAAGCGGCAAAAAAAUACCAGAUGGAAGCAUUUAGUUGCAAUCCCCACUGCGUACUUUAGGAAAAAACCCCCAAACUAUUCCACAACUAGAUGUUCUGAUUUCCAGCACAGGUUUAGCCAUCUGCAUCUUUUUUUAUCAUUUCAUUUUAGUUUACGUGGAAAAGAGCAAGGUUACAAAAUCAAAACAAACAAACCAACACAAAUGUAUGUUUGCUGUGCAUGGAAUUGUUGCCAGAGGUUAGAUAAAAAUAGCCAGCAUACUCUCCUAUCUUGAUCUUAGAUAGCACUUUUUAAUACAACUAAAAAAAUGUUAAAGUGCACUUUAAAAAUAAUUCUUUGAGGCACAAAAGGGUUAUGAUUUUAUUUUACUGUGUCUUUUUUUAACAAGAGUUUCUAUUACUUGAAUACUGAUAAAGGCAGUUACCUGUAUUACAUUCAUAACUUUAGGUGUCACUGAAGACAGACCAUGUCAACAAUUGUCUUGUUUUUCCAUAUAAGUCAGCGGCCAGUGGAAAACAAGUGAACAGAGUAACUUCAUAAGAAAAAGUGAAGCCUAGAGUAACAGUCAGGGCAGAUUUUCUAUUUGGUCUGAUUAAAUGUGUUAGGUUUAAUCGAUCGUUACUCAGUCCAGAGAAAAUACUCUCCUUCCCAAAGGUAAAAUAAUACACAACACAAAUAGUAAUAGGUUUUCCUGUUUGCGUUUUGUACAACAGAAGUUUGACUGCUGUCAGUGGACUGCUAAACUAGUUAAGUGCAUGGUAACAGAAUAGUUUAACAUUUGGAGAGCUGUUAAAUUGGCUUAAAGCUGUAUUUAGAACCUAUUCCUUCCAUUGUGAGGGGCCAAGUAUGUCUCUCUCCCCCAGGACACAAUUUGAAAACCUUCAGAAGAUCCAAGAUUGAUAAAAAUUUACUGAGGCUCUCUUUACCAUUAAAAAAGUCACUUUCCAUGUUUCUUUUGCAAGACAUUUUUAGACUUUGAGUUACUUCCAAUUUGAUUAUCCAACUGAAGUGCUGACAGAGAUUUCUACUUUCUUUCAGCCUCAAACUUAACAGAAAACAGAGGAUUAAUCUUCCUAUCACAAACCACUGAAGGGCCACCAGAUAGACUAUAACUAGCAGGUUUUUGCACAUGUGUAACUAUCAAUCUCCUGCUCCUGUGACAGUUACUUAAUGUCUGUAAUAUGUGUAUAUAAUACACUGUACUCUGAAAUCAAUCAAGUCCAGCUUUGCGAUCAUUAAUGCGAGUAGGUAGAGUAGGUCAGGGUGUGGUAUUAGGGAGGUACAGCAGCUUCACAAAGCUACUUCUGUUUUAGCUACUUCUGUCUAAGGCUUACCUAGCCCAUUCAAAAUUUGCUAUCACAGCUAAAUUACUACAAGUGAAUUAUUUUCAUUUAGCCAUAAACAUAACAUUAAAAAAAUUUCCUACAUUUAUAUCUUUUAAUUUUAAAGCCUAUACUAGGAUACUAAGAACAGUAGUCACCUAUUUUAAGCUUUCAUAAGAACAUAAACCUUAUCAUUGACUACUCUGUAGGAGUUUAAACCUUAAUUCCCCCAUAAACUCACUCAGACAUCUUAAAGUACACGCUAUUCAAAUGGAACAGCUACCUAAAAGGAUCCAAGGUUCUGUAAGUUUUAGCUUAGGGAAAGUACCUUACAUAUGACCGAAACUGUGACAAGCUAGCAGUUAGACUAGACUUCUAAUUGUUCAAUCAAUACAAAAAAACCUUACAGCACAAAGAUUAUCUUCUCCAGAUAAAAGCAGAGGAAAACAUUAAAUGAAAGACUGUAUUUCCUUAGAAAUUGUCUUGUUAAGGCACCUGACCAACAUAACCCGUAUACUUCCAAAAGCCAGUGUCUUUUCAGUUACCGCUAAGUAGCAGCCUGUUACACUGCACUGUAAUAUGAUGAUGAACACCCAUUUUUCCUGCAGUAAAUUCUAUGAGCAAUAUAGACUCAUAUGAAGAUGUGAGAGAGUGAUUUUGGACAUCUAAAGGAUUGUAUGUGAAAACAAGAUGAAAGUUUUUGUGUAUGAAAGAUUGUCCUUUGAACACGGCAUGCAAACUUGUCUUGAAAAUUUGAAGGUACUUUAAAAGAAUGAGUUAAGAGCUGAAUUUUCUGAGACAUUAAAGCUGCAGACAGAUGCCUACCGAUGUCUUCAAAAGCAUCUAGCUAGCACUGCAAAAAAGCACAAAAGUUGUAUGGAACUGGUUUGCACUAAAGGGAAAUAGUUGUCAGGAGAAAAAAAAUACAGUCAUGUGAAAGGCAGAGCAUCCUGAUUAUUACGUAUUUCUCAUGUUCAUUCCCUAUUCCAAUGCUGUGCGUAAGUAAACAUUUUUCCCCUUUAUAAAUGGUAUUAAAGUAGAUUCUAAGUGUGAAAAGUAGUUUGAUACUUAUGAAAAUGUAUAGAGCAUUUUAUUUUGUCAAGAGAGUGAUAAUGUUGAUGAGAAUAACUUUGCUAAUACAGUUUGGUGAUGUAAUAGAAGAGAUUCACCAGAUGGAGUUAAGUGUUGGAAUGGUGCUACAUACACAUAGCAUUUCAAAACCAGGGGAAGCCAAUGGAUGAGAUGAGACACUGUCCUGCUUGCCAGACAUAAAGUACACACAGACAUAUACUAGCAGAAUGUGAAUUUAGUUAUUUGUAAUGCUUUUUAAAGAUUUCUAUUUUAUAAGUCUGCAAGGAGAAAUGCUACGAUUUUUGACAGUCAGAUACGCGCAGUGCUGUCAACCAGCUUUUCCCUCUUUUGUGCCUCACUCACUGAUAUCUGACUGAUACAGAACCCACAACUCCAUAGACUAGACAGCAUUCAAGUGAGUCUGGCUCACACACCUGUUGGGGAGAAAAUAAAAAUCUGUAAUUCACAUUGAAUUCAUUCAUUGCAUUCCAAAAUUAUUUGAGGGGUUUGGAUGAUAACAGUGUUAAAAUUGUUCUGCAUUUUCUAAGACAAAUCUGUUGCUGUUUUCAAGGUUUCUUCAAGAGAUGCAGGCUGUACAUUUCUAAUCAUCAGUAACUACUUUGCUUUUAAACUUUCUUAUCACAAUACUGACUAGAUCAUUUGGAAUUUGAGGAGACAAGGGAGCAAGCUUGCAUACUACAGUAAUUUUUUAUACUUUACCUUCAUCUAUUUAUGAAUUUAUUAUGAAAAAUAUUUUUAAACAUAUGAAACCUGCUUUUUGUUGUGAAUUUUAGCAAAUUAGUGGAUACAUUGUACUGUGUAUCAUUAAAAAGGUUUAAUUAAAGUAAACAUUUGGCAAUUAA